AUGACCCAGCCGAAACGACAAACUGAACCCAACAUGCUCGGAAACUCAGCAACCGACGGUCUCACUACCGAGGACGAGGGUAUAGAAUGCGACGUAUUGCGGGAACCUGCAGGUGCCAAGAUGGCUUCUUUUCUAUCCGUGGUCCCUUUGGACGAGUCUACAAGGAUGAGACGUCUGAGCUUUCCCUCAAGCGAUGAAACGAUAAGGCUUUGA